AACCUUGACUGAACCAGGCAAACAAUGAAUCCUUCCCUCUUUUCCUUUUCAAACCCGGACUUAUUUGGCCUUCAACAAAUAACUCUGCACACCUUAACUUUUGUCAGAAACUAAACGAUAGCCGUCCUACUUGAAAAAAAUCAAAAUGUCUAAAGUUCCUGCUAUUUUGAAUCCUACUGAAGAAGAUCUUCAACUCUUGUUGGCUGCCAAGGCUCACAUUGGUACUAAAAACCUUAAUGCUCGUAUGAAGCCUUAUGUUUUCAAGCGUCGUUCUGAUGGCGUUCAUUUGAUCAACCUUGGUAAGACUUGGGAAAAGAUUAUCUUUGCUGCCCGUGUUAUCGCCACCAUCGAGAACCCUGCAGAUAUUGUCGUUAUCGCCGCUUCUUCUUAUGGCCACCGUGCCGCUUUGAAGUUUGCCAAGUACAUUGGUGCUGAAGCCAUCGUUGGUCGUUUCACUCCUGGUACCUUCACUAACUACAUCACCCGUUCCUUCCGUGAACCACGUUUGGUCAUCUGUACUGACCCUCGUGCUGAUUUCCAAGCUAUCUUGGAAGCUUCCUAUGUCAACAUCCCUGUUAUUUCUCUUGCUGAUGCUGACGCUUCUCUUCAAUACGUUGAUGUUGCCAUCCCUACCAACAACAAGGGUAAGCACGCCAUCGGUUUGAUUUACUGGCUCUUAGCUCGUUCCGUUCUCCGUCUUCGUGGUACUUUGGACUACAACACCCCUUGGGAUGUUAUGGUCGACAUGUUCUUCUACCGCGAUCCUGAGGAAAUCGAAAAGGAAAACGAAGCUGCUGAA